GCCUCACUUCGCAGACGGGAUCCAGAUUUGCAGCCAGCUUUACCUGCAAUAACACCUCAAGCACGCCGAUCCAGGAAGUCUCAUUCAAUGGACCGCACUCCAUGCCUGACAAAGCGGUCACAUCCUGGAGCAGCAGUGAGCAUGAAAACACAAGGACCUGUAAGACGGAGCAAUGAGGGACCGCCUUCAUUACCAUCUGCAAUACCUUCACAAGAUAGUGAUUCUCAUGAAACCCCACCAAAAGUGUUCCAGGCUGCCCAGUAUGAACAGCAUCUUGUAGAGACACUUGAAAAGGAUAUCAUUCAUAGAAAUCCUAAUGUGCAGUGGAACCGUGUCGCUGGGCUGAGCGAAGCAAAAGCAAUACUUCAGGAAGCCAUGGUACUCCCAAUGCUGAUGCCUGAUUUCUUCUGUGGAAUAAAAAGACCAUGGAAAGGAAUUCUUAUGGUGGGACCUCCAGGAACAGGAAAGACUAUGUUGACUAACGCAGUUGCAACUGAGUGUGGUUCAACAUUCUUCAAUAUUUCUUCAGCAACACUUACCUCAAAAUACCGUGGAGACUCAGAAAAGCUUGUGCGACUAUUAUUUGAAAUGGCUCACUUUUAUGCCCCAAGCACUAUUUUUAUAGAUGAAAUAGAUUCACUGUGUUCACAACGUCGUACAGAUUCAGAACAUGAAGCUUCCCGAAGAUUUAAGGCAGAACUGUUGAUUCAAAUGGAUGGUCUUAAUUCUAACAGUUCAUAUAACAAGGUGAUAAUGGUACUAGCAGCAACCAACCAUCCAUGGAACAUUGAUGAGGCAUUUCGCCGAAGAUUUGAGAAAAGGAUAUAUGUUCCUCUUCCAAACGAUGAAACAAGAUCUGCCUUGGUGAAACUAUGCCUAGAAGGAGUAAAUGUUGAUCCCUCUCUAGAUACUAACAAAGUUGCUGACAGCCUUAAGGGCUACACAGGAUCAGACAUAAGUAAUGUAUGUAGGGAUGCUGCCCUUAUGGCAAUGAGGCAUAAAAUAUGUGGCAGGAGUCCAGAAGAAAUUAAGAAAAUCAAGAAAGAAGAUGUUGAUCUAGCAGUAACUAUGCAGGAUUUUGAUGAAGCAUUAACAAGAUGUAAAAAAAGUGUAUCAGCAGGAGACAUUGCAAAAUAUGAAGUUUGGAUGGAAGAAUUUGGAUCUUGCUAG